UUGAGAGACUGCAAUAGUCAUCUGGACCGUGUCCCUCAGACGCCUGCUGAGGAAACUGAACUCUAGAGACACACCUGGAAAUUGCUCUAAGUCAAAGGAACCAGCGUCCAUCAGUCCUCCCUCCACCUUCCUCUUCAGCAGCAGCCAUGGCCCUGAACGAUGUUGAUGUUCAGAAACAGAUUAAGCAUAUGAUGGCUUUCAUCGAGCAGGAAGCCAACGAGAAGACAGAAGAAAUAGAUGCCAAGGCUGAAGAAGAGUUCAACAUCGAGAAAGGUCGCCUUGUGCAAACCCAACGACUGAAAAUCAUGGAAUAUUAUGAGAAGAAAGAGAAGCAGAUAGAGCAGCAGAAGAAAAUCCAGAUGUCCACCCUGAGGAACCAAGCCAGGCUGGAAGUCCUCAGAGCCCGAAAUGACCUCAUCACAGAGUUGCUGAAUGAUGCAAAACUAAGACUCAGCAAGAUUGUGCAAGACCCGAAGAUGUACCAGGAGCUAUUGGACAAACUAGUAUUGCAGGGUCUGCUCCGAUUGCUGGAACCAAUCGUGAUUAUACGCUGCAGACCACAGGACCUCCUUCCUGUGGAGGCUGCCCUGAAAAAGGCUGUCCCUGAGUACAUGGCAAUCUCCCAGAAGUGUGUGGAAGUCCAAGUAGACCAAGAGGUGCACCUGGCUGGGAAUGCAGCUGGAGGUGUGGAUAUGUACAGUGGAGAUCAGAGAAUAAAGGUUUCCAAUACUUUGGAGAGCCGACUGGAUCUCUUAGCCCAGCAAAAGAUGCCAGAUAUACGAAAGGCCUUGUUCGGAGCCAAUGGCAACAGGAAGUUUUUUAUGUAG